AUGAAUGGCGUGGCGGCAGUGGAACAACGGCAGCAGCUUGCAACAUCACCAGCAGAUUGGGCGAGGGCACCACUACGAUCAGGACUGUCAAGCGCUGGUUCGCUCGCUUCGCAAGCGGAAAUACCGACUUCGAAGACAAAUCCGGGUCGGGACAUCCCCAUACUGUCGAAGACCCUACCAUUCUUGGGUGAACGUGCGACAGUAGAGGAGUUGGUGGAGUUGGUGUACUCGUCAACACGGGUAUGGCAAAGAACACCGACUCUUUUGAACGACUUGUUACCAAAUCGGACGUCUGCGAAUGAGAAGAUGUGGUCUAACGCCAGUGAGAAUGCCUGGGAAGGAGAGAGAAGAAUUUUGAAUGGUUAUCCACAGUAUCAAAGACCUCGAGCCCUUUUCAGGGCUUUGAGAAAGACGAGAUUGUCGAAACGCCAUGCCACAUGCAUUAACGCGAUAUCGGGGUUUGAACUCGAAUGGGUAGCUCGCCCUUGA